AAAUUUCUCCUCAUCCUCACUGCCCUUUUCCAGUCGUAAAAAUGGCCGACGAUUCAUCCAAAUCAUCGACAGACCCCUCCGCUGCCGUCGGUCCCUUGAAAGAAGCGAACAAACUCCUCCCCGAAGAAACAGAACUCGACCAAGAUGGCUUUCACAACGAUCACCAAGACCACCUGGACAUGCAGCGCCUGGGCAAGAAACAGCAGUUCAAACGAACGUUUUCGCUGUGGUCGUCAAUUGGUUUUGUAGCUAUUUACAUGGCGACGUGGGAAUUUGUGCUGAUUUCCCUUGCGCCGGGUUUCACGAACGGUGGAUAUGCUGGUGUUUUCUGGUGUUUUGUUACCACGACUAUUGCGUACUCUGCCGUUGUUGCGAGUUUGGCGGAGAUGGCUUCUAUGGCGCCUACUUCGGGUGGGCAGUAUCAUUGGGUUAGCGAGUUUUCACCGCCAAAGUAUCAGAAGGUUCUCUCGUAUGCUUCAGGCUGGAUGACGACGCUGGGUUGGCUGGCUAGUUUUGCGAGUAGUUGCUACACUAUCGCUUUUCAGGUGCAGGCUUGUAUCAACGUUACGAAGCCUGAUUUUGCAUUUACAACGUGGCAGAUUGCGUUGAUCAUGUGGGCUGUUAUCAUUGUUACCAUCGCCUUCAACACCUGGGGUACUGCUUUCUUCCCUCAGCUCGAGACAGCGAGUUUGAUUGGCCAUCUUCUGGGAUUUUUCGCGGUCAUGAUACCUCUUUGGGUUCUUUGCGACAAGAAUGAUGCGCACGACGUAUUUUUGCAGUUUACUGACCAGAGCGGGUGGGAUAACAUGGGCUUUGCCUAUAUAUCAUCUCAGAUCUACGUUCUCUGGUGUUGUUUCGGUUCGGACAGUAUUGUCCAUCUAUCAGAAGAGGUCAAGAAUGCCUCAAUCGUUGUGCCACGUGCUAUUUGGUGGUCAUAUGUCGGAAACAUCUUCUUCGGCUUCAUCAUGCUCAUCACCAUGCUCUUCUGCAUUGGUCCUCUUGAUUCCAUCAUUGAGGCAGACUGGCCAUUUAUCGCCCUCUUCGAUCGCACUGGAUCUCAAGCUCUGAACUUGUUCUUCAAUGUCAUCUUGUGGCUUUUGGUCUACCUUGGCAACAUCACGACUCUUGCGACCUGUGCUCGUGAGACAUGGGCGUUUGCGAGAGAUAAGGGUCUCCCAGGUUCUCAGUGGAUUGGACACAUGGACAAGAAAUGGCACAUGCCGUUCAACGCAGUCUACCUAAUGUCCAUUGGCGCCGCCCUCCUCAGUCUCAUCCAGAUCGGCUCCGACGUUGCCUUCACCGUUCUCGUUUCACUAUCUACACUCGGAAUCAUGAGUACUUACCUUCUUAGUAUUGGUUGCGUACUACUUAAGCGUAUCCGAGGCGAGCGGCUUCCUUCGGCUCGCUGGAGUCUGGGUCGCUUUGGACUGGCCAUUAAUGCGUUUUCUGUGCUUUACAGCUUGUUCAUUGUCAUUCUCUGCUGUUUUCCACUGACCCUACCUGUUGACACAGCUUCAGCGAAUUGGGCGCCUUUGAUAUGGGCUGGUGUUAUUAUCAUUGCUGCCAUUGCGUAUGUGACACACGGAAGAAGGGCAUAUACACCCCCAGUGAGCUUUGUGGAGGGCUUCAAGUUGCAGGGUGUUGGUUUGCAGCAGUCCUCGUAAGAAAAGACGAACUGUUAUUAUAGCUAGUGUCUGGAGCUUUCACUCUCUUGA